AUGUACUCUUGUUCAGGUGUCAUAGGAGAUUGCCUGAUAUGUGGUGAACCAAGUACCGGUAAACACUACGGGAUUGUUGCCUGCCUAGGAUGUAAAACAUUUUUUCGAAGGGCAGUUGUACAACGACAAGACACUACGUGUAAACGGGAUAGUCAAUGUGAUGUGGCACAAUCGGCACGUAAAGCUUGUCGGGCAUGCCGAUAUAGGAAGUGUUUGGAAUGCGGAAUGAGUCGAGAAGCGCUUCAACCUCGUCGAGAUUUGAUCGGAUGUCGCCGCGUGAGAGCUCGUCCGACAACGUCAGCUCCUUCUCCGCAGCCGAGCACAUCAAAUGCCGCUUACGAAGCAUACAAAGAGCGGCAACUACUUCUCAUUGAACGACUCACACAAAUUGAUCAAAGGAUCAGAACUAAGCUGUCUCUUGAUUCGAAUAGUUUUAUUCUUCAGAGUGACGGUGGCACCAGCAAAUUGAUGAUAAUGCUUGCUAAAGAUAUAUCAAAUGUUACGCAAACGGAUCUUUUGAUGAUGCUCGAGUGGGUUGGUACGCUGCCGUGUUUUCCACCUUUGGCAAUACCGGAUAAGGUGGUACUGCUCAAGCGUUUUGCUGUACAUCAUUUGGUGUUAGAGCAUGGUUAUUUCACAGCCGGCUCAGAUAUGGACGACGUCUGGUUGAUUUCGAAUGGUACAUGCAUGCCUAGAAAUGUUGAAAUGCUUCCAGAAGAAUGCCGAUCAUCUAUAUCGCCUGAUCGAAGAUGGCGACAAGAGAAACUGUAUAAACAUAUGACGGAUACGUGCAUUGACGAGGUAGCGAAGCCAUUGAAACAUCUUCAGUUGUUACCGCAAGAAUUGGUAGUGCUGAAAAUAAUAAUGUUGUUUAAUCUAGGAAAUCAUACCGAGACAUCUGAGAUAUCUGAUGAAUCUCGCAAGAUUGUGCUCGCAUAUCGCGAUCAAGUAAUCUCGGCAUUAUUUCGAUACUAUGAAUCCAUAUCUUAUGAAAAUUAUCCAGAACGAUUCGGUAAUUUGAUUCUAAUGAUUUCUGGUGUCAUCUCUGCUGCUUCUGCCAUGCUCGAAAGUUAUCAGGUUCGUUUCUUGAGCGUUUCAGUUUGGAUUCUAUAG